AUGGAACCGGCAUCUUCCUCCUCCAGAUCAGGAUCAUCCUCCUCACCAUGGACCGAGGAAGCCGGCUUCUCUAUCGACACGCUCAGCAGCGUCUCAGAGGCCUCAACGGGCACGGCAGAAAAGCCACCACCUCCUAACCGCAGACCACACGCUCCUCCACGCUCGAGACUGUCCAAGGCCUUCCGUUCUCCCCUCAAGCAAAGCCAGUCGCAGCAAAGCAUGGAGUCGUCGACAAUUCCGCCCGCAUCGUCGAAAGAGCAUUCACCCGAGAGAGCAGGUGCCCAGAACGACUGCUCCUCAUCGUCCGCCAGCAUCCGCAAGCAGCGCCAAGCGCUCGAGGCGAGGCUCCUCAUGCUACAGCAGGCCAACCAAUGCCUCAGAGACAACGCUUUCGCAGUCUUGCCGCAAGACAUCGCCCGUUGGCGCGAAGCCGGCCAGGCGGCAGCACAAGACCUCUGGAAGAUGACCGGAGCCGACGCCGGGGAUUGGUCAGGACUGAGCAGCAUCCCAUCUCGCGGCGAUUACGGACUCGAAUCGCCUCCCUCUUCCUUGGCCGAGACGUCGGGUCCAUCAAAACGCAGAGGAGCCGACUCACCUGAACCUUCACAUCCGCCUCUUCUCCUGCGCAGACGACGUCUUCACUCGCCAGGGGCUGACGAACAAGCUGCUGCGCUCCUGUCAACCGAUGAGCAACCAUCACAAUCGAAAGGCGAAGACAGCCAAGGCGCUGCUUCCGAGGCUUCGCUGCCAGAGCUUUCUGAGCUGUUGCGCCGGUCUCAGUCGGUCCUCGGAGCGUCGUCUACACCGAAACAGCGACAGAGCAUUCUUCCGAUUCACAACGAUGGCACAACACCGUCUUCUCAGUACGCUAGCAGCGGCAAAGGCAUUGAGCGUAAAUGGAACAUCGGUAGCAUGCUCGAUAUGCUCGGUGCGGACAAAGCGACUCUGUCUUGGGAUGUCGACGAGGAGGACUUUGUCGAUUCGCUGAAAGUCAAAACGAGCUGA